AUGGCCUCCGCCUGGCCAGUUCUGCUCCUGCUCACCGCCUCCGUCACCCUCGCUGGUGGAGGCGCGGCGCGGGCGGAGAGCGUCACCAGGCCCGCCGGCGUGCGGCUCGCCUUUAUCGAGCUGCAGGCCGGCGGUCGCAGCACGCCGUCGUCGCCGCGGCGCAGGCUCAUCUUUGCCGUCCCGCCGCUCUCGGGCCUGCAGGAGCCCCUCUUCGACCUGCUGCUGAGCCGCGCGCUGCUGGGCGCCUGCAUCGACCGCUCCGUGCUCGGCCGCGCCGGUCUGGGCACCCGGCCGCUGCGGCGCGAGGUUGCCUUCCCGGCGGCCUCUGCGCUCGCGACGGCAGGGCCGGACGGUGGCAGCCAGACUGCCUCCGAGUGGUGGGCGCCUCGGCUGGCUGCGCCCGAGCCGCAGUGGGAGUCGCUGCGCCACGCGACCCUCGCGCGCGAGGCCGGCUCCCCCGUCGACGACGCGGGCAACGCCACGCAGCCUGCGAUGAUGCUGUUUUUCCACCUGCGCAGCGCCGAGGGCGGCCUGGCGGGCGCGUCCGUUGCGCACGCCAACCUGUCGGCGUCGGAGCUGGACGAGGCGCGGCCGGGCGUCGGCAUCGGCGCGCUGAUCGCGGGCCACCGCGAGCUCGCCGACCUGCAGCACUCCCUGCUCAGCCGCCGCUCGACAAAGCCGUGCGGCGCGCACAUCGCAGAGACGGGCGAGCUGAUUGUGCCUGCCGAUCCGGUGGACCCGAGCUCGAAGCCGCGCAGCUUCGCGUCGCUGCUGCCGUCGCGCGAGGAGCUGGAGGACGAGCCGCGGCUCGCCCUCCCGCUCGGCCGCCCCAUCACCACCCACCACGUCUUUUCCCCGGCGAGCGCCGCGGACUGGAGAAAGGCGGCGCCCGACGCGCUGCACGCGCAGGCCGACUCGGACGUCUACCAGUUCCAAGUGGCGACGGCGGGCGUGCCGCGCGGGCAGAAGCUGCUGCUGGGCGUGCUCGCGCACGACAACGGCCAGCCCGCCCUCCUCCUUUCGUACACAACCGCCAAGGGCAGCUUUGAGGAGGCGCACUGGGCGCUGCCCGUCGACCGCUCGUCGUGA